AUGGUCAAAGUACUGGUCCAAUAUGGCUCUGUUAUUUGUAUUGUACUGGAACUGAGAAUAACUUGCUUGACUGCAAUAAAGCUGUUGAUAUUGGUAAAACUUAUGGUCAUUCACACUCAGAAGAUGUUGGUAUAUACUGGAUCAGUGCGACUCACUGAUGGACUAAUACCAACAGAAGGAACUGUUGAAGUGUGCAAUGAUGGAGCAUGGACUAGUGCCUGUGAUUAUCUCUGGGGACAUCAAGAAGCAUUUGUAGUGUGUAGACAAUUAGGUCUACCAGCAACAGAUGCACAACCUGUUUAUUAUUAUAAUUCUUUUGGAUAUGGACAUGGAAUACCAACAUUGUAUGACUGGAGAUGCAUUGGGAAUGAGUCAAGUUUGAAUGAUUGCUUUAAGUCUUCUACAUCAAGCUGUUACACUAGAUCUAGUUAUUAUAGUGUGUACAAAAUAUCUGGAGUUAGAUGUAAAGGAAACAUUGUACCAGGAAAUUGUUCUACUGGUACUAUGCGUCUUGUUGGUCCUAAUGGUCCUAAUAAAGUGGAAGGGAGAGUAGAGUAUUGCAGUAAUGGAGUGUGGGGUACUGUUAGUAGAUAUGGAUUUGAUGUUAGAGAUGCUCAUGUUGUAUGUAGAAGACUUGGUCAUCAGACACCACGAGCUUUGAUAUUUUGGAAUGCUUAUGGUCAAGGAUUUGGUCCAGUAGUGUUUCAUUACUUACAUUGUACUGGAAAUGAAGAUAGAUUAGAACAUUGUACUUACUUAUCAAGUCCAUCAUUUGCUAGUCACACAACUGAUGUUGGUGUGAAAUGUUCAGAGAGAG